GUCGAGUAGGAGGAGUGGGCACUGAGCUGGGCAGCGUUGGCAGAGGCUGUGGGGGGCAUUGUUGGCGGGGAGCACUGGCAGAGGCAGUGUGGGAGGGGGCACUGGACACUUGCCGCUCCCCCCACCUCCAGACCGCCGGGGCUCUGACGCGAAGGACUUGUGCCUACACCCUUGGGUGAGAGGCAGAAGGGGGGGUGUCAUUGACUCUCCGGGGCACGGACAAGCCGGGCGCAGUUACUGCCCCUUUAAAGGAGUCUGUCGCUGUUCGAUGAGGUCACGCCCCAUUCCGAGCCCCUGGAAGGGCGGGUCCCUGAGAGGCUGAUUCAGGGGCGGGCGGGGCCUUCUGCGUCGCGUCGUGAUGACGUAAUCUCCUUAGCGACGAGCGGUUGCUAAGGGUGCGAUGGACGCUACCUCCCGGCCGCUCCGUGUGCCCCCGGAGAUGGGCAUUUAUGCGGAAAAGCACGAGCUCUUCCAGCUCCUGCAGGUCUGAGAGAGCUCACAAUCCACAUUUCUGUGUUCUCCAAGAAGCCUUCCAGCAAGAGCAGGGAAGACUCUACGUGAAAUUCUUGAUAGUUUUAAGAACAUGCUUGAAGGGUUGUUAAUCCAUAAACCUGAUGAGCCCAUCCAGUAUAUGAUAAGCCACUUAAAGCAAGACAAUGAUCAUGUUCCAAGAAUUUGUAUACUUGGUCCACCCGCCUCUGGAAAAACCACUAUUGCAACGUGGCUUUGUAAACAAUUGGAUACCCCUCGUAUCACUCAGGAGACUUUAUUGGAAGAAACAUUAGAGCUGACAAAAGAAGUAAAGGCAUUUCAAGAGAGAGGACAGAAAAUUCCCAAUGCACUGUGGGCCAAUCUGAUCCAGGAGCGUCUGUCAAACGUGGACUGCAUCAAACAAGGUUGGAUUUUGGAAGGUUUUCCUGAAAACCGGGAUCAAGCAUGGAUGCUGCAGUCAGCUGGCAUCACUCCGAGACAUGUUGUUGUGCUGUAUGCUCCAGACACAGUGCUUAUUGAGAGGAACCUUGGGAAAAGGAUUGAUCCAUCCACGAAAGAGGUGUACCAUACCACCUUUGACUGGCCAAGCGACCCCCUGGUGCAACAGCGUUUGGUGGAGGCGGAAGGCAUAUCUGAACAGGAGACAGCAAAGCACCUGCUGGAGUAUCAUAGAAACUUUCCCAGAGUUUUCCAGAUCUAUCAGCAAAUACUAAAAUCGAUCAAUGCUGACCAACCUUGUGCAGAUGUCUUCUCCCAGGUUCUGACCUAUGUCCAAACCUGGUGCCGAUCAGCUGCCCCCUUUACACCACGGAUUCUCUUUUGUGGACCCCCAGGCAGUGGGAAGAGCCUGCAGGCAGCACUAAUAGCUCAGAAAUACAACAUUGUCAACAUUUGCUGCGGGCAACUGCUAAAGGAAGCUGUUGCAGACAAGACAAAACUUGGAGAACUCAUUAAGCCUUAUUUUGACAGUGGAUGGCCAGUCCCAGACAACAUCGUUUUAAAGUUACUGGCAGAUCGUCUCAACAGAUUAGACUGCAUGACUGACGGUUGGGUGCUACAUGGUUUCCCAAAAGACUUAGAUCAGGCAGAACAGAUGGAAAGAGCAGGAAUUAUUCCGAACAGGAUAUUUUUCCUGAAUCUCCCAUCUGAAUCUGUCAUGGAACGUCUCGCUCAGCGGAUGAUUGAUCCAGUCACAGGAGAAAGAUAUCAUGCCAUGUACAAACCAGCUCCAUUACCAGAUGUCCAAGCCCGUCUCAAGCAGAACCCUAAAGACACUGAAGAAAAUAUCAGGAUUUGCCUGGAGACCUAUUACAGGCAUGCUGGCGACUUGGAGGAGUUUUAUGAAGAUGCCUUCUACAUCAAUGCUGACCAAGACCCUUAUGUUGUCUUUGAGUAUAUAGAAAGCUGUAUUGUUAAGCCCCUUCCACAUAAGUCCUGACAUAUUAAAAACAGCAGUUCCAGCUAGUCCAAAAUGCUAGCAGGCAAUGUCAAUUAGUUGGUGACUUAAUACACAAAUUUAUGAGGCUAAAUUUUUUUGCAAAAGCUAAUAUUAAUGAAAGGGAUGAUUUCCCAAAACCUUAUAAAAUGAAAAGCUUGUUUGGAUUUCAACUUUCCCCUGCAGUGUUUGCAACCCAAACAUUGCAGUAUUGGGCUAGUGUCAGGGACCUAGAACUCAAAUGGACUGGCAUUGUCCGAAGUGAGUGAAGUGCAGAGAGUAAACAAACAACAUAAACGGUGAAAAGUUUAGCUGGUUUGAGCUCUUUGUUUUAAUAAUCCCAGAGGAUGAGACGGGAAGGAAGUUCAUUUUUUAGAAAUGAUGUUUAAACUGCCUCUCUUUUCCAGGUGGGUGAUUCAGUGAAAAGUGUAAAAGUGUUUUCAGGAAAUACGUUAGCGGCAGCUUUGUCUCAUGUAU